CGUGACCAAGACAAAAGUACUGACUCAAAUCUGAUUCCGUCCGACAACAUUGAUGGUACCAUCAACUACAAUGCAUCCAUGUCUACUGGUUUCAGAGAUCUUGAUCAAUAUCUUCGCAGAAGUCAACGAGCGCGACGAAGAGGAGGCAGCUAGGACUUUGGCUGCCCUCUGUCGCACCUGCCGCGCAUUUCGGGAGCCUGCCAUGAAAGUCCUGUGGGCGCACCUGGGAACUUUAGUCCCUUUAAUCAGAUGUAUUCCUUGUGUCAAGACUAUCAAGAGUAAAGGAAAAUCCCAGGAUGAUCUCCCGACUUUGGCCCUCGAAAGAGAGAUGUCAUCUACAGACUGGGAUAUAUUCCUUUCGCACUCGCACCUUGUACUCACUUGUGGUUAUUAUGUUUCAAGAAGAGACAAACAUCCCGUCCUCAACUCGCCCUCACAUGAUAUUGGCACAGAUAUCUUGCGUGCACUAUCAUCCCCUCCACCUUCCUCCACCGUCUUCCCUCACCUGAGGAAGAUCAGGUGGACUGACUCACGGAAAGAUUCCAUCCGAUUUUUUCGCCUAAUACUGACUCCUGCUCUCGAAUUCCUUGAUAUGUCGUCUAUAACUGAUUCAGUCUAUUCUGUCAUAAUCCCUUCCAUUAACGAUGCCUGCCCGUCCCUAAGGAUCAUGCAUCUUCCCAAAUGGCCCUUUCUUCACCUCCCCGACAUGUUCGACAAGUGGCCAAAUCUUGCGUACGUGACCUCCGGGCCCCUUGCGGAUGCUACUAUACAAUCACUUGGUCGGCUGACUCAUCUUGCAAGUAUGGAUAUCUGUCUCCACAAGUUGCAUGACAUAAAGUCACUUGUCGAGAAUCCUGGGUUUUCUACACUGCGCCGACUCGUGCUUCGCGCGUACAACAUCAACCUUGUCACAGCUUUCAUGCGGCAAGUCAAAUCUGCUCAUCUCCGCGAAGUGAAGUGUUAUCUACCAAACGGAACAACUGCAGUGGGUAUACAGGAAUGGAUAACAAUCCUCUUGGAUCGGUGCAUGCCAAGAAGGCUAGAAAUUCUGGAAAUUGAAGACUACGCUGACGCUGGCGCAGAAUUCCCUGAUCAAUUCACGCUCACCCCUGAUACGCUUCGGCUCUUGUCCCGCUUUCGUGGACUCACAACACUGGAUCUCGCUACUGCAUGUACAUAUUCGUUGGACGAUACUACCUUAACACAGCUGGCCAUUUGUUGGCCCAAUAUGCAAAGUAUUGCGCUGGGAACCCACUGGGGUUGGAGACAACAGAGUGAUGUCACUCUGAAUGGUCUGCUGUCUUUAGUGCGACUCUGUCCUCAGCUAGAAAGCAUCGGCCUCGUGAUGAAUGCCGUAACAACAGGUAUCACAUCCCAGAGGCCUGGGGGCGGAGUUCGAAGCUCCAAAGUCACGAGUCUAAACGUAGGAGACUCGAGAGUCGGUGACCCGCUCGCAGUUGCUGCGUUCCUGUCGGAUGUUUUCCCACGUUUACUAUCAGUUGACGCGUUUAAUCAUCUGGGGGGCAGGCGGAGACCAAUACCUGCUGCGAAGGAGCAUGAAGAAAAGUGGAAAGAAGUAGAAAGGCUUUUACCUGCAUUCUCUAAAGUUCGCGCCCAGGAGCACCUUCCUGUAGGACCAAGAAGGAAGGCCUUCUUUCUUGAGGAGCUGUAUCUUGCUUGAAGAAACUUUAUAUUAACAAAGAUUGUGGAAUAUCUAUGAAGUCAAGUGCCGAGCGCGUCGGUUCUUUAGCGCAUGCACGCACGCACGUGUGUAAUUACUGGUUCUCAUGCUGGCAGCUGUUUUUAUUGUAAUUUACCCGGUCCACAUCGCACCUUUUGAUUGGACACUAUGUGAUCACCUCUUCAACGUACUGGGGCUAUAUCCGUAACCGUCCUAUUUCAGUGCACACGUUGCUUCUGGAUCAAUCUAUUCCUAUUUUGUG